AUUGAAUUGAGAUAGAUAAACGGAAACAUCACAUGAUAACAAAAUGGCAGCUGUUGAAACGACUACAUGUAGUUUAAAUAUGUCAACAUAAAAUAUGUCACCAUGGGCUGCUGUUUCUCUUCAGAGAAUGAUUUGGAACCAUCCUCUACAUCAAAUUUAUUAAGUGGUCCACAACGUAAAUAUGUUGACAGUACAGGGCCUCCUUCGUCAGCUAGACAAUAUCGUCCCCCUGAUAGAAAAGACACAAUUACGGGAGAUGAUGAUGGCUUGGUCGUAUCAAAAAUGAAACCAAUCGUUAUUCAGUCGAUGAACAAGACAUUCCAAGACCAUGAGAAGUUAUAUGAUGAUAUAUCAAAGAGCUACCAGGGGAUGUUGAAUGAACUGCACUAUUUUAAAUCAGCAUUUGAUAAAGAAACUUCAGGAAUUCCAGAAUUGACGAAGUGUGUUCGAAUAUUAGUCCAUAGAUGUGGUAAAACAUCGCUAGAAGUACAAAGAAGAAAAAACUGUGUACAGAUUAUUUUUUCUGAAAAGACAUUAAUGAAAAGUUCACUCAAAGACCCACAAGAAAUAAUAUCUUCUAUCAAACAUUUCAAUUCAAUGAACAAACAUUUAGAAAAAGUCCUAGAGCGUUCUCAUAGUAUCCAGAACUCUAUCAACAUUUUAUUAAAAGACGAAGAAUCUAUUCAACGACAAGUAACAAAGGAAUGUUUACCAGCUGACCAAGGACCAGUUGCUAUGUAUAACUGUAAAGAAAACAUGAGAACAUUAGAACAAAUGCUGAAGAAUAUCGAUGUCAUCAAAGAGAAAUCAGAGGCGAAAUUAAAAGACGUUAUAGAAUCAUCAAAAGGAUUUUUUGAAAAUGCUGAAUGAUACAAUUUUUACAAUUUAGUUGAUAUGAAAAGCUGUAAACUGUGAUAUCAAAUAAGAGUUUAUGAAUUUCUAUUUACAAACUUUAGUGUAGCUAAAAAAAAUCAAUUGUACACAGACUCUCCCAUGACUUCUUUUGUUUAAAACAUGACUUGCUUUUAAGUUAACAUUGUAAAUCACUAAUCACAAGUCAUCCAUUUUUUUUCAACAUAUGUAUACAAGUUUUAUGUAAUAUCUUUUCUUUUCUUUUUCUUACCUUAAAUAAAUUAAUUGUGUUUCUUUUCUUGAAGAAUAUA